AUGGAAUAUGAAGGAGAAACAUUUCAUUUGACAGAAUACCAAAUAAAUAAAACGAUAAAGGCUUUCAAAUAUUUAGAUAAAAAAAAAAGGGGGCUCUUGAAAUUUGAAUUAUUAGGGAAGUUGUUGAGAUGUAGUGGAUAUAAUGUGUCUUUACAAGAAAUUGAUAAGAUAAAGAUGAUCUUAAAAGAUAAUAAAAUCAAGGCAAGUAAUAUAGAAACAAAUGAAAAGAAAGAAGAUGAAAUAGUAAUAAAUGAAGACAAAGAAAUGAUAGAUAAUAAUAUGACAAAUAGCCAAAUGAAAGGCACAAAUGAAAAUGAUGAAAGUAGUAACAUAUCUAAGCUAUUAAACAAUUUAAAAAAUUAUGACAAUUUUAUGGAAUUAGAAAAACAAAGAGAAGAAUUAAAAAGAAAAGAAGAAGAAGACAAAAACUUAUUUAGUAUAAAAGAAUUUUUUAGAAUUAUACAAAUUCCAAAUAUAACCAAUGAAAUAAAACCAGCGGGGGUAUUAAAUGCUUUUGAAAUAUUUGAUGAAAAAGGUGAUGGAAAAAUAUCUAUCAAAAAAUUAAGAUUUAUUCUUCAAUAUUUAGGAGAACCAUUAAGUAAUUCGGAGUUUGAUGAGUUUUUUGAAUGGCUUAAAACAAAAGAAAAGGUAUAUAAAACUGAUUAUAUAAUAUAUGACGAUCUGCUGAAUGAGCUAAUAAACAAAGACACAAUUAUAUAA